AUGCUGCUUCCUGUCACCACUCCUCUGCCACACGGCGACCCCCAAACCCGAGCAGCGCAGCCCAUCGACGGCUGCGCCUCCGCCUCGGAUGGAAGCGAUCGUGCGCGCAGGAGAGGAGGAGGAGGAGGAGAAGCCUUGAUCUCGCCGCCGCACCUGCGCUGCGCCGAGGCGCUGCUGCGCUCCUGGAUGCCCGGGCCAAGGAGCAAGGCGCCGCCCCGAUCGCCUGCCUUCUUCCACCCCAGCCCUCUGCGGGAUCGAUGCCUGGAGGAUCGCCGCCUCUGCAGGGCUCUCGCCCGGAGGUUUCCUUCCGCGAGCUCCAGGCACCGAUCCGCUGACGGCGCCGGCGAAAGGGACCCGCCCACAUCAGGACGGGAGAAAGGGAAAGGCAUCGCAGAAAAGCGAAAGCCGCGCCUUGUCCCUUUCGACCGGUUCGAGUCCCUCUCUCCCUUCGCGGAGGCUGUCAGAGUAAGCGCGGCUUCUCUCUCCCCGUCUGGGCUGCGUCUCAUUCACAACAGUGUGCUGAAUGCAGAGGGAAAGGGCACCUCUCUGCUCUGUCCCCAGGCGCAGCGUCAAGUUCAGGCCCUGAGAGGGUCGCUGUGCCUUUAAGAGUUGCACGGAAGGCAGAAUUCCGUCAGGUGCAGCUCUCUCCCCCCACCCCCACCCCGCACGCGGGAGAAGCUGCUGCAUCUGGUGGAAUUAUCCCUUCUGCAGGGCUGUUAAAGGGGCAGGAGCCUUUUCCCGGCCUGGGUACCCUGCACAGAAGUGACGGCCCUGGCAGUGGCUUGGGGUCAGGGUCUAAGGAGGGGGGAGAGUUGGUUGAUCGCGGAGUACAGCUGCCACCAGUUUUAUUUGUCCCUUCCAAAACCCCUCUGUCUUUUCACAGUUCCUGUGAUGGGCAGAUGUCAAAGCAGAUGAAUGCCAAUGGCUAGGGCCAUAGCUCAGAGCAUAUACUUGCAUGCAGAUGGCCCCAGCUUCAGUCCCCAGGUAGGGCUGGGAAAGACUGGGAGACUCUGGAGAGCUGCCUGCCAGUCAGAGUAGACAAUAUGGAGCUAGAAUGGAGCAAUGGAAUAAUAUAGUUUCCUACUAUGUGGCAGAAAAUUGUGCCCAUUGGAUUCCUGCCUGACAUGCAACUGCAGAAUGCGCAGUUUUUGUGUGUGUGCUCUUUUAAAUAAAAGGGGUAACCUUGCUAUAAUGUCCAGAAAGGUCAAAGUGGGAAAGGCUUUGCUGAAGAAAUGGGCUUGAGAAAAGACAGUUUUAAGGUGCAGAUGUGAGAUAGAGAUGCAGAACCUUGUGGCCCGCUUGAUGUUGUGGGACCUCAGCUUUCAUCAUUCCUUUUCCACCUUCAUUUCUUUACACUUUUCAGGUUUAUACAUUUCACUAAUUUUAUGCAUUUCACUAAUUUAAUCAUCAUUUUGACAUUUCAAAACUUCACUUCCUUCCCCCUCUUUCUGCGGUUCCCUAAAUUUGUUUUUAAUAUCUUCUGUAUAUCCAAGUUAACUUAAUUCACUCAUUUAUUCAUCUUCCUUAAAUAUAUACUCUUAUGAAGCGGCAGGUUAUUACAACAAUCCUGCCAAUGAUUUUAUCUGUUUAUAAUUUAUCUGAAAAUAUUCAAUAAACCAUUUCCAUUCUUUUGCAAAAAAAAUUUGUUAUCUUGAUUUCUUAUUCUUCCGGUAAGUUUCACCAUUUCUGCCUAUUGCAUAAGUUUCCGUAUCCAUUCUUCCUUUUGCUGGGACUUCUGCUUCUUUCCAUUUUGGGGCAAGUAACAUUCUUGCCGCUGUAGCAGCAUACAUGAAUAAGUUUCUAUACAUUUUAGGUAGUUCUGUUCCUAUAGCUCCCAUCAUCCCUAACACCAUUGAUAACUGCUGGCUGAUGGGAGAUGGGGUCCCAGAACACCUAGAGGGGAGCAGGUUCUCCAUAAUAAUAAUAAUAAUAAUACAGUGGUACCUCAGGUUAAGUACUUAAUUUGUUCCGGAGGUCCGUACUUAACCUGAAACCAUUCUUAAGCUGAAGCACCACUUUAGCUAAUGGGGCCUCCAGCUGCCGCCACGCUGCCAGAGCACGAUUUCUGUUCUCAUCCUGAAGCAAAGUUCUUAACCUGAAGCACUAUCUCUGGGUUAGCAGAGUCUGUAACCUGAAGCGUCUGUAACCUGAAGUGUAUGUAACCCGAGGUACCACUGUAAUAAUAAUAAUAAUAAUAAUAAUAAUAAUAAUAAUAAUAUUUAUGCCCCGCCCAUCUGGCUGGGUUUCCCCAGCCACUCUGGGCGGCUUCCAACAAAGUAUUAAAAUACAGUAGUCUGUUGAACAUUAAAAGCUUCCCUAAAGCUCCAUCAUUGAUGCGAGCCAUAGGCAACAUGCGAAUAGCUCUCUCUCUCUCUGUUUAUCUGAACAGGUGAUGGGACUACAAGAGGGACUCUAG